AUGGAAAAGAAAACAACACAAACCAGGAAUCAUUUGAUGAAAGGAGAUCUGCAGUUGUAUUCUCAUAACAAUGGAAAAAAUAACCGGCCAGAUGAUGAACAAACUCAUACAGCAGAUAGCCUGGCCAAGACAUCAGAUGAAGAGACUACAAAUUCGCCGAAACGAAAAUAUAAACUUUGGACGAAAGAGGACACAAAAACUAUCAAGAACUACUUUUCCAAAUAUAUCUUAUCGACAGAAAAUUUAAGUUCAAACAAGGGAAACUUGCCAGGUCAGCAGUUUACUUACUUUACUGGACAUAAGCAACUAAUGAUACUCCUUCAAUUAAUUUCUGACCUUUACCAGUAUAGUUCCUGGUUCUUUAAAAUGUAGAACCGGCCGUUUGCCUUGCACUUUGUUUAUUAAAUGUAAAGAUGGAUCUUAGCUAUUAAGAAAUAUUCAACAUGAGUUAAGGGAUUGAUAGUACUUUAUUACAUGCAAUUUUUUGUUUUACACUGACCCAGCCCAUGAUCACAAAAGUCUUGACUGGUAGGUAGGGAAGAGGGAUUAAGUAUUUAGUAUCUUCCCUUGCACGGAAGGUCAGGGCGAGGUCUAGUGCAGGAGUGGUAUAUUCUUGACAAGGUUAAGAAGGGGAUAUUGGGGAUCUGGGAGAUCUGCAACAACAAAAACUGCAAGUGUAGAAAUAUUCGCGGGCUUCAAAUUUUCGCGAUAUUCGCGGUGAUCGGCAGUCCGCGAAUUCAUGAUUACCGCAAUAAUUUCUACACAAUUUUCUACUGAAAAGUCAUAUUUUCGCGCAAAUGUUAACAACUUCAAUCUAGUCUGAAAAGUAUGCACGAGUUGUAAUUAUAUAUUUGUACCUUUAUGUAUAUAAUAAAUAUAAACAACUUGUUAGUUAUUUUAUAAUAAUAUAGUAAAUUAUUGAAAAAGAAAUUGUUGUUUCGUAUUGUGUUUAAACAAAACAUUU